AUGCAGGCGAUGCUUGGACCACAGCAGGCACAGCCCAACCUGAAGAGGAAUCUCGCAGGCGCAGGUUUGGGCGCACUCCUCGCAGCCCAAUUGGCCAUUCUGCCAGCAGCAAUUGCUGGUCCCGAUUUGCCCUUCGGCCUGAACAACCCCAUUGGCGACGACAUCCAAGAGACUCGCGAUGCCUCCAAGAUGCCUGCCAACCGGAGCGAGGUCGGCAGCGCGGCUGCGAGCGCCAAGUCCGACCAGGCUCAGAGCCUCUCUCGCAGUGUUGGCAAGGCCGCCGGCCGCCAGGGCACAGAGGCAAACAAGGACAAGCCAUCCAUCACUGAUGGCGCGGACUCUGGCACUCCCAAGACCUACUGA